UACCAAUAUCAAUUUUAUAAAUUUUAGUGAAAAACUAUUCCACAUGGCCUCACUUUUUGAGACCCCAGCGAGGUUUUUCAUGGUGUUCAUCCACCCGUGCGGAAAGACACACUGUGAUUCAAAUUGUACACGUGCUAUAAAUGUAAAAAAGUUCAACACUUCCACUGUAUUUAUAACAAUUAAAUUAAGUUAAUUAACUUUAAUUAAUGUGAGUUCAUUCCUCAAACCAUUGUUCAUCAACUUAAACUUUUGUAAGUCGUUAGAGAACAUUUCCUAUUCCAAUUAAUAUACAAAAUUUCUAAUGAUUUGCAAAAUGUGAAAAAUUCUUCUAAAAAAUAAAUGGUAAUUUCAAAUUAGGAAAGCGUUCCAAGUCGACAACUCGACAACUUUUUUUCAAGAUUAUGGAGUCUCCAGAAGAAAGAAGUGUGGAACUAGUCGCACUGAAUAAUCCAAUUGUAAGCAAAACGAUCUUAAAACCGUUGAAAAUAUCGCGUUCAAAAAUCAACUUUUCCAACUUUCAGAUUUUGGAGAAAAUAUUCGAACAGAGCUCCGCCACGUUGAAAAAUUGUCGACUGGUUUGUCAUUUUUGGAACGAAAUUGUCCUCUCCCUCCCGAACACGAGGCUCGUGCUGAACCUUACCAACAAGGAUGACGACUAUGAAAAAGACCCCGUUCCAUUUUUCCAACUCUGUCUCACAUUAGAUGAACGACUUUCCAAACGGAUUUCUUGUGCCGGGGCCACUUACCGUUUCGCCGCUAAGCUGAUGCAUCUGUGUCACAUAUUUAGUGAUCAAGUCCAAAUACUGGAGACUCUAAUCGAAACUGGGGACUAUUUACCAUCGAUUUUCCACGUUUUCAAACACUCCUGUCCGAAUUUGAAACAAUUUCGAAUCAAUUGCAUCUUCAACAACGCGGAAGAUAUUCCCACUGGAGAAAUUCUGGUAGCGCCGCUCCCACAAAAACCAAAUUUGACCGUGUUCGAGCUGAAUUCUGAACAGUCGUCCCCUGCUCUCACCAGUUUUAUUCAGCUGGUCGUCAACGCCUCACCAAAUUUGAGAAAGGUCACCCUUCCGUGGGGAAGCUAUCCAGAUUUGAAAAAUUCAAAAUUCCUAGAUUCUUUAACCCUCAAGUUGGACCACAUGCGGCCCCCAGACAUCUCUCUGAGAGACUUGAAACCAUUAGACCUCGCACGUCUACUAAAUCAAGUCGGUGAUCAACUCGUCCACCUGUCUUUUUCCUAUAUCUACGCCAAUUCAAGAUUCAGCAUGGAAGACAACUACGAUCUGGAUAACUCGACCUCAUCCGGAUUCCGUUUGCCGAGAAAGAUGUCGAAAUUGCGUACGUACAAAAACGACCUGAUCGACAUUAUUCAGCAUGCCGAUCUCUGGCAAGAUAUCGUAGGAAUGCCAGCCCUGGAAUCGUUCAAGAUUGGAAAGAUAUGCAAAAAGUCGACAAGUAUGGAUGCAAUUUUGAAAAAGCUGCUAGAAACGAAGCGGAUUUUGACAAACGUCACGGAUUUGAAUAUUAACGAGUUGUACGAUCCCAAGCUUUUGGAGGGGUUGAAGACUGCGUUUCCUAACUUGACGACAUUGGCGCUAGAUACGUUCCACAAGAAGGAGAUGGGUGGGAUGGAGUUGGGCGUGGUUCUUAAGGCGUGUGCGGGUUUGGACACGUUGAAUCACUUUCAUUUGUGGCUGCCAACUUAUCCAGAACGAAUGAGAGAUACCAUUGAAGCUCUGUUAAUCGGCCGUGAUUUGUACAAAAAACUGAAUAGCUUGGUGAUCGACACGUACAGGAAAAAUGAAAUCGGACGCGAUUUUAAGCACCAUGAGAUGGAUGCAUUUAAGGAGCUGCUCGUUUCGAUGAAAGAGAUGGAUCAGGUCAUAAUUAAUGAUCUUUAUGUUGGUGACGAAACUCUGAGAAAUGUCUUGGAGUUUAAAUGUCAGAAGAGAUGUCCGUAUCGAGAUUUAAGUUUUUUCAAAUGGGAUGGGCAUGGGUGGUCGAUACCAGCGACUCCGACGACGAGUGGUGAAAAUUGACGUGUAUCAAUAAUUUUUAAAUUGUAUACCCCAUGAAAAACAAAAGUUUCAUCAACUACGCGAUGGAAUCAUCGGUAAAAUUAUCCGUGAAGGAAAAGUAGUGUCACUAAUUGUUGUUCAGUAAUUUUUUUUCUAAUAGAAUCGCUGCGUCGAUUUUAAAAGUCAUGUGUAAUCCAAUCGGCAUUUUUAUACGUUUUUUAUACAAAAGGAUGUUGUUAAUUAAUCUAAAAUUUGUCAAUCGCUGCGUCGAUUUCGAAGUCAUGGGCACUUUUAUACCGUGUUUUUUAUAUUAAUUGUAAAACUGGUCAGAUACAGCUAUUUUAUAUUAAUACUUAUAUACAAAAGUAUUGUAUUGUUAACUAUCUCUUCAACCCAAACUUUAUCAUGAUACUUACUAAAAAAAAUCCAUUGUGCAUCUGUCUAAAAGGCAGAAUUGGUAUUUUAAAAUGUCUCCAGAAAAUUGUGCGUGUGUGAAUCGCGAUUUAAUUUAUAGUAUAAUAAUUACACUAUAUUAUGAAUAAUAGGUCAUUAAUACUUGAUAUCAAAUUUAUUCAGAAUUCAAUUUAUUUCAAAACUUUGUAAGUAGCACGACGAUUUAAUUUCGGUAUCAAUAUUUUUCUCACUAUUUAUUAGUCAAAUUAAAAUAUAUACUAAUUUCAAUUUUUAUAAAUUUUUAUGAAAAACUAUU